GAGGUGCUGGGAGCCGUGGGGAAGCCGAGCUUCUUCUGCUGCUGUUCCUUCCUCCUUUUUCUCCUGGCUGGCCCCUGCCAGCAGCCCAUCAGCCAAAGAUCUUCGUCCCUGCUAUGCACAAUGUCUGGUUCAGUGGAUGACGUGCCUUGCAUGAACUUUGAAGCCAACAUAUUUGCAAAGAGCCUGUGCCAGCACUGUUUCCGAGCCGCAGGGGCUCACCAGCAUGCUGUCCAGGAUGAUGGCACGGAGGUCACAGGGCGCGAUGCCUGCAGCGACGCGGCCCCAGGAGAGCCCUGGGACUCCCUCCAUAUUUUAGCCCCGCAGUGCGAGGUAUACGUGUGUGUGGGCCCGGCGGAGGGCACGGAGCGCUGGCACGAGAGCAGGCGGUAUCCCCCACUCAGCCCCGGAGCUGAGGGCGAGCACAGAGAAACUGGCACCGACCCCAGCGCCUGUGCUGAAGCCAACUCCACGCUUGCCAGGCCCACAGAAGCUACUAGUCCCCAUUGCAGAGAUCUGCCCUAUCCUGUCUCCCAGGAAGGGGAAAUGACCCGGCUGUGGGACAACACUUUGGGAUCGGGCAAACGGGACAUGAUGAGCUACUUGGGCCAUAAGGAGGAGGUGCGGUCACGAGCCCCACAGGCAGACAGACCCAGGUGGGCUCAGCCUGUUCCCUCUGGAUCCUGGGUGAGAACUGAAGCACAGGGCUUUAGGAAAGAAAUCUGUCCACUGAAAGCAGAGCGCCGUCCUGCCAGCCAGAAGCCCGAGGAGAGCUGGCCCAAGCACCGAAAAACAGACCCUCCCUGGGCAUCCACCCUGCCGCGCACCCCGGCCAGCUCCCCGCCGGCCCGCAGCGACCUGCUGGGUGCCAGCGGGCCCCUCUCUGGCCCACGGCUCCGGGAGUGCCACGGGCACGGCGGCGGCGCAGAGGCGCGGCACGGGCUGGAGAGGCAGGAGUACACGGUGCUGGCAGACCUGCCCAAGCCCAAGCGCCUCGGGCAGCGCGACGCUGCUGACCGCUGUGGUUCCCGGACACUCAGCCCUGGCCGAGUGGAGGUGGAGAGGAUAUUUGGAUGCGAGCGCAGGAAAUCAGAGACGCUGGAGGCCUUCCAGGCUCUGGAGGAGGGCCGUGUGGAGCGGCUCGAUGGCAAGACGCCGGUGCCACCCAGCAAAGGCCACCUAACUCGGAGGCGGUCCAGCCCCAACCUGCCCAGGGAGGCUCAGCGACUCUCCUGGCAGCUCGAGCAGCGCAGCAGAGACCCCAAGGAGCCCCGGCGUUCCCCCAGCCCAGCUCGGCACCCCGAGAAGGCCGGCCGGACCCGGGGGGACUCCCCCCGCCCUGCCAGCCCCGGCUGGCUGCUGGAGAGAGGCAGCCGGAGCCCACGCUCCGCGAGCCCAGCCUGCAGGCCGGAGAGGAGAGCAGGGGAGCCCGUGAACCCUCCCUGUCGCACCGAGAGAAGCUGGAGAAGCCGAGGGGAGCCUGCCCGCCCCCCAAACUCGGAGAGGGGCCGAGGCACCUGGCAAGCAGGGGGUGUACGGCCGGCACUGGAGAAGAAGAGCCGAGGGGAUUCCCUGCAGCCCACAGGCGCUGGGAAGGGCUCAGAUAACGUCAGGCUGAGCCGGGCAGGGCCACCACCACGGGCCCUCAGUCCUGGGAGGCGUGCAGAGAGCACGAGGAAAAGCCAAAAGGAGAUCUCCCCUCCCAGCUUGGUGCGGGGCGCAGAGAGGCAACGAGUGAAGCCGGGGGAGCCGCUGCACCUGGCAGGGCCCAGGAAGCCAUCGGAAUGCAGCUGGCAGAGCCUGCGGGAAAAGCUGACCUCCUCCCAGCCCGCAAAGGGCACCAGCAGCGACUGGAAAGGCCGGGGCAAGCCCCUGCGCCCCACAAGCCCAACACGGCCACUGGAGCAGGACUGGAGGGGCCGGGGGGAUGCCCACCAAGCACAGGUGUGGGAGAAGGACUGGAAGCGCCAAGAGAUGCCCGUGUGCCAUGCAGAUGUGAUGCGCCAGCUGGAAAGGGACUGGAAAAACCCUGCUAGAUGUCUGGAUGUGGGACUACGGCCGGAUGACAGCUGGAAAAGGCCUGAGAGUCCAGUACAGCAUCUGGAGGAGGACUGGAAGGGUCCCGAGCACGCACGAGAUACACACAGCCCUGAGAAGCCAUUGGAAACUGACUGGGGGAAGAAGAGUCUUCUCAUGUACCAUCCCCAGCUGGGUGGAAGCACCUUCCCACCACAAAGCAGCACUGGCUCCUCAGGAAGCCCGCAGCCACAUUUGAAUGCCAGUAAGAAGCGCAACAAGCCGGAUCUUCUCAAUUUCAAGAAGGGAUGGAUGUCCAUCCUGGACGAGCCUGGAGAGUGGAAGAAACAUUGGUUCGUGCUGACCGACUCGAGCCUGAGGUAUUACCGGGACUCGAACGCAGAGGAGGCUGAUGACCUUGACGGAGAAAUCGACCUCCGUUCCUGCACGGAUGUGACGGAGUUCGCGGUGCAGCGCAACUACGGCUUCCAGAUACACACAAAGGAUGCUGUCUUCACCCUGUCAGCGAUGACCUCUGGCAUCCGGCGCAACUGGAUCGAGGCCCUGAGGAAGAAUGUGCGCCCAGUCAGUGCUCCAGACGUCACCAAACUCCCUGACUGUGACAAGGAGAACUUCCGUAACUGCGUUCCCCAGAAAGGCUCGCUGCGGGCGGAGGAGCAGCCGCGGCCGGGCUCGGGCUCCGAGGGGAGCUCAAAGGGCAGUCACUGGAAGGCGGAGGGGCAGCGCCAUGCCUUUGACUAUGUGGAGCUGUCUCCCUUGCCACAAGACCCUGGAAGUCAGGGCUCCCUGCAGAGGACGAAAGGGAGCUUGAAGGUCUCCGACCGAACUGCCAGGCAUGAGGAGCUGGAGCGGGAUCUGGCCAUGCGUUCAGAGGAGAGGCGGAAGUGGUUCGAGACCCCCGAUGGCAGGGUCCCCAACAGCGAUGGCCCAGCAGGGGACCCUGCCCACAAGGCCGGGGAGCAGGACCUCCCCACUCCGCCGCUUUCGGAGGACCAACGGAUCCGUCUGAAUGAGGAGAUAGAGAAGAAGUGGCUGGAGCUGGAGCACCUGCCCUUGAAGGACUUGCGGCGGGUGCCCUUGACAACACUGCUGAACCAGAGCAAGGGGGGCCAGGGAGACACCAACGAGGCGCUGAAAAAGGAGAUCCAGUCACUGCGGGCACAGCUGGAAUCCUGCCGGGCCAGAAAUGAGAGCCUUCGGGAGGCAGCAAAAUCCCAGGGGGACAGCCAUGUGCCCCGAGGGUACAUCUCACAGGAGGCCUGUGAGCGCAGCCUGGCUGAGAUGGAGUCAUCCCACCAGCAAGUGAUGGAGGAGCUGCAGAGGCACCACCAGCGGGAGCUGGAGCGGCUGCGGCAGGAGAAGGAGCGGCUCCUGGCAGAGGAGGCGGCGGCAACGGCAGCAGCCAUUGAGGCACUGAAGAAAGCCCACCGAGAGGAAAUGAAUAAGGAGCUGGGCAGGACACGGAGCUUCCAGCAAUGCAGCUCGCUCCCAGAAGCCCUCCAGAAGCAGCACCAGUUGGACGUGGAGUCGCUGAAGCGGGAACUGCAGGUGCUGUCUGAGCAGUAUUCCCAAAAGUGCCUGGAAAUUGGGGAGCUCACCCAGAAGGCAGAAGAGCGGGAGCAGAUAUUGGAGCGCUGUCAGCAGGAGGGGAAGGACCUCCUCCAGAAAAAUCAGGAGCUGCAGACCCGCCUCUCGGACGAGAUCGGGAAGCUGCGAAGCUUUAUUUCCUCGCGGGGCUCUGGGGACCGCGCUUCGCACAACAACGAGCGGAGUUCCUGCGAGCUGGAGGUGCUGCUGCGGGUGAAGGAGAAUGAGCUCCAGUACGUAAAGAAGGAGGUGCAGUGCCUCCGGGAGGAGCUGCAGAUGAUGCAAAAGGACAAGAGAUUUGCCUCAGGGAAAUACCAAGACGUCUAUGCAGAGCUGAAUCACAUCAAGGUGCGCUCGGAGCGCGAGAUCGAGCAGCUGAAGGAGCACCUGCGCCUGGCCAUGGCAGCUCUGCAGGAGAAGGAGUCGCUGUGCAACAGCAAGUAACGGUCUGCUCUACAUUUGUUAUCUGUUCUUGUUUUGUAUUUGCUCCAUUCCUCACUCAUGGGGAGAGGGAGGUUGAAUCCCUAUCCGUUGCCACCUUGGCGAGGAGUCUCACACACCCCCAACCUCUUCACUCCCCUCCCAAAGCUUUUUUGAUGAACCCUUUUUGCCUGCAUACCUGAGCACAUUGUUUGGACUGGCUCCUUACAUGCACCUUCCUCAGGAUUUUAUAUGUGAAAAUUAUAUUUUAUAGAGGAUUUUUUUUUUCCCCAUGGAAAGGAGGGGAAGAGGAGGAGGAAAAUUUUACUACAUCACCAGCAUUUUUCUAACCUGAAAAAGAGAACCUGGUUUUUCCCCCUUUCCUAGCCCCAUUUCUCCUGGCCACACACCUUUGGCACAUAUUCCCUCUCUUCCAAAUGUCUCCACGGUCCCCCUGGGAUGUACGGCAAGGACCAUGCCCCCUCCCUGUGCCACCCCAGGGACCUGCGGAGAAGACGCGCGAGCCAUAGGAGGAGCGCUGGGGCUGUCUGCCGUGGAUGUGCCUGCCUGAGACGGUUGAAAGAGGACACCUUGGCACGAGUCCACAUGACCGAGCUCUCUCUCCGUGGCUGCCCUUUUGGCUCCUGCAAGAACCUGCACUGGCAGGAGCCCAGAGCCGCGGGGCUUCUCCUUUCUGGGGAAGAGGAGCUGUGAGGCUGCUACCGCACCCGCCCGAGCCAACCUCCCCAAGGUGACAGCUGCUGCUGCUCCGCUGUGCCCUUCAACUUUUAACUUAAUAAAAUCUUCCCCUUUCGCUGAGAAAAAUGUGUUCCUUGAGAAGAAGGUUUGCCAUGUGGCCCUAAUCCAGUGCUGAGGGCUGUGUGUGUGUGUAUGUGUAAUUUUUUUGAGGUUUUAGUGUAUACUGACCAGUUGCUUCCUUUCUUCAGGAUUUGCUGAGGGAAAGCAACAGGAGCACCCCUAGCCAGAGGGUGAGAGGAGCCUUGCAGUGCUGUUAUCCAGCAGUUUGCCCCACCUUUGGGCUUGAGGGAGAAUAUAGUCUGCUUCACUGUACUGCUCCCAAAAUUCCGUGUGACCCUGAGCCUCAUGGAAGAGCUGAGCCUGGGCUGCAUUAGUAAAUCCAGUAUUGGAAGGGUACAUGGCACUGCAAAUUGCUGGCAGAGUAAAAAGCAUAGAGAGAUCCUGGGGAGAUGACAGAGAUUAUAAAUGCUUUCCUCCUCCUGUUUUUUCUGUUAAGCAUGUUGCUUUUUUGUCAGGACAGAGGACCUGGUGGUGACUACUACUCAUUCAGCCCCAUCCUGAAAUAAACAGGAGCUGUUGUUCUACAG